GGCUGCGCCGCGGAACGCGCUGAGGUGCCAAAGAACGCCACCGCCCCGCCACUUCCGCUCCUUAGAAGCACGCCGGCCCGUAGCCCGCCCAGGAUUGGACGCUGGGGACAGCUGGCCACCGCGAUUGGUCGACGGCUGAGAACGUCAGGGGGCGGGGCCGAGGACUUAAAUAGGGAUAUCUUGCCGCGGCUCGGCUGCCUGAGAGCGACGCUGUGGCUGAGGCGCGCCAUGAGUCUGGGGGUUUUGGAACCCCGGCCGCCGGGGAAGCGGUGGCUGGUGGCCGGCCUGGGGAACCCUGGACUGCCCGGCACGCGGCACAGCGUGGGCUUGGCGGUGCUGGGGCAGCUGGCGCAGCGGCUGGGUGUGGCGGACGGCUGGGCGCGCGACCGGCGCUGCGCCGCCGACCUCGCCCUGGCCUCGCUCGGGGAUGCCCAGUUGGUCCUGCUUCGGCCGUGGCGCCUCAUGAACAACAACGGGCGCAGCGUGGCCCGGGCGGCGGAGCUGUUUGGGCUGACUGCUGAGGAGGUCUACCUGGUGCACGAUGAACUGGACAAGCCCCUGGGGAAACUGGCUCUGAAGCUUGGGGGAAGCUCCAGGGGCCACAAGGGAGUCCGUUCCUGCAUUACCUGUCUCAACUCCAGUGCAAUGCCGAGGCUGCGGGUGGGCAUUGGGCGCCCGACACACCCUGACACGGUGCAGGCCCACGUGCUGGGCUAUUUCUCCGCCGCUGAAAAGGAGCUGCUGCCUCCAUUGCUGGAGCGAGCUACCGACCUGCUCCUGGACCACAUCCGUGAGCGAAGCCAGGGCCCCCCGCCAGGCUUUGUCAUCACUGGACACAUGCCUGCCUGACCACCAUGCCCACACACCUAGCCAUGUUCACAGAGGUGCCACGUCAACUUGUGGUAUCUACUUUUUAUAGAACUCUUCUCUGGGCCGCCCCAGGCUGCCUAUGGAUUAAAGAGGGGACUGUGACUACAGUGGUCCACUUCUGGAAUGGGGAUUGGUCUUCUCUCUGUGUCUUACUUGGAAAGUAGAGAAACUUCAGGAAGACUAAACUUUUUGAACCUUUUUGGAGAACCAGAGGUGUGGAUCUGUAAGAUUAAAGACGCGGCUUGAAGCUGAGGCCUCCUGGGGGGGGGUGUCCCGGGGGAUCCCACCCUUCCCCUGCUAGUGGAGGAAGGGCCAACAGGGUCCAUCAAGCCCCCUUCCCAGGCGACGUGUGGGCAUGCCUUAGCACACUGAGGCCUUGCCACACUUUUCUUUGGGGGAAAAUGUGGGCUUAGAGAGCUGGGCACAGCCCCCAGGCUGUACAGCUGCAGCGUGGCAGAGCUAUGAUCUGUACCUCAGCUGGCUGCUGUCUUGCCGUCCCUGGGGCCCUUGACACUCUUACCUCAGGG